AAGAACUUGUGGCUCACAAAUUUUCCCCUUUGCUGAAGUGGCAUUCCAUUCCAACCUUACUUAAUAAACCAGUUCACACCACAACAUAAUCUUCCCCUCUCUCUCUUUUUUCCUUUUCUCCACUAUUCACUAUCCAUUUUUCGUUGCACACGAUGAUCAAGUAAUCAGAGAGAGCAAAGAAACAAAAACAACACUGCUACCUACACCUACAACAUCAUCAACAACUUUUAUACGUGUGUUUGUAUUUUCCCUCAUUUUUUUUCUCAAGAAAGAGAAAGAGUCUGAGCCAAAAUAGAGAAGAGAGAGAGAAAUACUCCUGAAGCUGAGUGGCUGUUAGUUUAGUUACAAUUUACUAAGAACACAGGAAUGUCUGAGGUUGUUACUAAAGACUCUGCCAUAAAGCUGUUUGGUAGAACAAUUUCUCUGUCACGCAACAACAACAACAACAACAACAACAACAACAACAACGAGGUUUCUUCUUCUGCUAAUGGUUUUUCUUCUGAUGAACCUGCUCCUCCUGAAGAUUCAUCUUCAUCUUUUCCACGUGAAGUGAGCUCCACAACGGAACAUGAAGCUGGGAGGGAUAAGGAACCAUCAAGGAAAGAACUCACCUCGGCACAAGAAGAAGACGAGGAGGCCUCACAUCAAACCAUAGAGGAACCAAAAUCUCCAACAUCAUCUUCAUGCAAUCUUGAGAACCCCAAGACCCCUUCAACAGAAAGAGAAACUUCCAUACUGAAAUCUUCCAAAACCGGAGACCAAAGCGACGCAACAACAACAAGUCCAUCACAGGACAAAACUCUAAAGAAACCAGACAAGGUGCUUCCAUGCCCACGCUGCAAUAGCAUGGACACAAAGUUCUGCUACUACAACAACUACAACGUGAACCAACCGCGCCAUUUCUGCAAGAACUGCCAGAGAUAUUGGACCGCCGGAGGAACCAUGAGGAACGUGCCGGUGGGUGCAGGCCGCCGUAAGAACAAGAACACUCCCUCUUCUCUGUCGCAUUUUCGCCAGAUCAUGGUUCCUGAGGGCCUUCAGAACGGAUCACUGCACGGUGCUGCUGUUUUGACCUUUGGAUCAGACCCUCCCCUUUGUGACUCCAUGGCUUCUGUGUUGAGCCUUGCUGAGAAAACAACACAAAAUGGUUUUCAUUCACCUAAUGGGGAUGAAUAUUAUGAUACUGUUAUGGCUUCAACUUUGAGUGAAAGGAGAGACAAUGCUACUACUAGUACUAACUCACGUCAAGAAUCAUUGGAUAAUCAUAAGAGUUAUCAUCAUCAUCAUCAUCAUCAUCAUCAUCAAGGUUUCACUCCUCAAUUGUGCUUCCCAGGUUCUUCUUCUUCUCCUUGGCCUUAUCCAUCCAAUAACCCUAUAAUGACUCCUUCAGCUUUUUGCCACCCUGUGCCAUUCUACCCUACACAAGCUUUCUGGGGUUCCAUGCCACCACCCUCUUGGAGUGUAAACUACCAAUCUGCCCCUGGUUCUGGUCCAAAUUCACCCACCUUAGGGAAACACUCAAGAGAUGGCGAUAUCUUGUUUAGCACAGACAUGGCAGCAAACAACAACAACAACAACACAGUGUUGAUCCCAAAGACACUGAGAAUUGAUGACCCAACUGAAGCUGCUAAGAGCUCAAUAUGGUCAACACUAGGGAUCAAGAAUGAGAAGGGAAACUCCCUCAAUGGAGGAGGGCUUUUCAAGGCAUUUGCAUCAAAGGGUAACAGUGAUGACAAGAAGAACCACGCGGUGAUGGUUGAAGCAUCCCCAUCACCAGUGUUGCAAGCCAACCCUGCAGCUUUGUCAAGGUCCCUUGUCUUCCAUGAGAGGACAUAAUUGGAACUUUCAAAAAAUGUUUCUGAAGUAGGCCAUGCAAGUACUUCAAGUCUUCAACUAUUAUAACCUUGUUCUGGGGUAGUGAAUGGUGACAUGUUUUUUGCUUUUCUCCAUGAGAACUUGUAUUAUUGACCAACCUUUCUGCAGCAUUUGUAGGACAGGAGUUAUAUAUACAUAUAUAGUAUAGUUUCCUUCUUGAGCCUGUCAGAGUGAACAGGUGUU